AUGGACCUGAUCAUCACGCAGGAAUUGGCCCGUGCCCGGAACCAACAAGAUGCAACUGCACUUCGAAGAGCUUAUGAACUGAUCAAGUCAGCAAACCUGGGAAAGUCGGAGCUUGACCCCACAGAGAGCUUCAGCCCAGACCUGUUUGUGCUGUGUGCAGAGCAGGCACUCAAGAUGAAAGAGCCUGAGAUGAGCGAAGACUGCAUCCAAAUGUACUUCAAAGUGAAGGCACCAGUCACUCAGUUUCUGGGCCGAGCUCACCUGUGCAGGGCCCAGCUUUGUGCCCCACAGUCAGAGGAAAAUGUGGAGGAAUUUGAAAAUUGCGUGACGCAGUACAUGAAGGCUAUAAACUUUGCAAAAGGAGAGCCAAGGUAUUACUUCUUGGUAUUCAAUGCUUCUGUUCUCUACUGGCGCAUGGUGCGGCCAUUCCUCAAGCCUGGAUAUCACCACCUCGUGAUUCCCAGCCUCUCCCAAAUUGUCAACGUGUUAAAUCAGACAGAAGAGGAGGACAAGGAGUGGCGGGCAGAGCUGAUGAUAGAACUUCUUGAAUGUUACCUGCAAGCAGGAAGAAAAGAGGAUGCUACCAAGUUCUGCUUGACAGCAGCGCCAUUUGUCAAAAACCACGUGCCACAGAAGUACCGGCAGAUGUUCUCAACCAUGGUUCGUUAUGAGGUACUAGAUGAUGAAGUGUUGAGGGAAGACAAGAAGCAUUCCGUUACUCUGUACGUCACUUACCACAUCAAUUCACUGAAAGCGAAGUUGGAUAAAAGUAAUUUGCCAGAAAACAUGGAGCAAAUCCUGAGGAAAAUGUAUAGAGAUUUAAGUCAGUACCACCACCAGCGCUUCCCCGCCAUCAGAGAAGAAAAAAUCCUUUUGCUUUUUGAACUGGGCCGCCUGUGUCUGACCCUGAAAAAUGAGGCAAUAGCCAGUGACUGCCUCUCAUACCUGAAGAAAAUGGAAAUCACAGAUCCUAGCAAGCUGCUAGAAAUUGAAGGUCUGGAGUGUGAAUUAGAUGCUUUAAGACUGGAAAGCAAGCUCAAAAUGUACCUUCGAGGAGCCGUUGAGGAACAGCUACACAUCAUAAAGAGACUAGACAACAUACUGCAGCGGGCCAUUCGCCUGGGUAACCCCACGACCAUCCAUGUGCUGUGUACUGCACAGUGGAACACCUGCCUGCCCCUGCUGCAGCGCAACCUGCGACAUCACCUCCGGAAGCCACUGACCAACAUCGCUGAGAUUCUGGAAAAGGUUGAUAGUCUCAUGAUCCUCAUGCGCUGCCAAGUCCACAUGGAGAUGGCAUACAUUGAGCAGGAUGAUGACCGGGUGGAGCCUGCCAUUGAGCAUAUGCAGAAGGCCAUGCGCCUGGACAGCCUGGGUCUCUACAAGGACAAGAUCAAGAUAACUUACCGCCGGCUGCAGCUGGGUACCAUGCUGUACCAGUCUCCUGAUCGUCCUGAAGACAAGGCCACUAUGGCCAUUGAACAGGCAAAGAAAGCCACCCUGAAAGACAGUGCCCGGAAGAAACGUGCAAUCCUGGUGAACGCAGGCCUGGCUCUUGCCCCCGACACCUUCCAGAUUGUACUAGACAGCGAGAAUGAAGCCAAAGUUUCCAUUGGGAAAAUCAAGGGCCGCUUCACCUACCUCUGUGCAAAAGCUCGACAUCACAUCCUCUGUGUGGACAAAGCUGCUGGGCACCUCCGCCGCCUGGGAUAUGAGAAUGAUAAAGAGAGAAUUGUGAUUUGGGCCGAGUUGGCCAAGGUUGCUUGGCAGCAAGACGUGUGGGAUGUCUGUCGCACGGCAACACGCUUCUGCCUCCUGUAUGACAGUGUCAAGACGAAGAGGUCCACAAAGCUAAAGCGAGGAAGGAAGAAAAAAGGAAUUGAGGGCUCUGUGCAUGACUGGGGGGGUCCCUCUGAGGUGGUCCUGCAUAAGCAGAUGGCCCCUGACCUGCUGAGGAAGAUCGCAGAGGUUUCGUUCAUCAGUGCUGAGGCCACGGUCCAUUUCCUGCGCUUGGAAGGUGUACAGCUGAACAACCAGGCCAUUCCUCCUGAGGACUUGAGCCAACACCCAGCUGGCUAUGUGCCUGAACCACCAGAGAGCAAUUCAGAGUGGCUCACGUACAGAACCUGGAUAGAAAACUUGUCACAGUAUGCCAUGAACAACUGGAUGCGUGCUGCAGAAAUUGGGCAGGAGCUAGGGGAGUCCUGGAUCGUGCAGAACGCUGUGGUCUAUGUUCUGAACCACAACCGGCAUCUCAUCUUGGCUGGGAGGCAGAAAGAGCUGGUGGAGUCCCUGUUCCACUUCCUGAACAUCAUCAAGGUCACUGGAUACAUGGGGGACUCGGUCCUGUUGGUCAUGCUCUGUAAUGCCCUUGCUCGAGGCCUGAUCAUGAGCUGGAUUCCCACCCAGACAGCUGAAAAGUUGAAAAAGAACGUGCGCCCUACCUUGGUUCAUGGCCCACUGGAGUCUUCCGCUCUAUCGGACAUCAGAACAGCUGUGGAGGUCUGUGAAUUUGCACUGAACCUCACCAAUGGGAACGUGCCAGAAGACAUCGUCCCCACCAACGUAAGGCAGCACCUCAUCUCCACCUGGGUGAAGGCCAAGCAGCUGCUGCAGCAGCAGAUUGGUCCGCGGCUGGGCACCGAUGAACAGAGUACCAAUGAAGACAUCAGCUCCAUGACCAGAGUCCUAGUUGCCCUUGAGAUGUACUCGUGCAACGGGUUGGGCCUCAUGGAUUUCACUGUGCCCCCGCUUGUUCAGGUGGUGAAAAUGGCCUCCGAGUGCAACUGGUCAGACCGCCUGGUGGAGCUACAGACCCUGACACGCCUCACCCAUUUUGCCUAUAUGGCUCACGACCAUGAGGUCACCAUGUCGUGUUCUCAGAAUGCCACACAGAUGGGCCUCAAGCACCUGAGGUCGUUUGAACCAACCAAUGCCAAGCUUGCAGCAGAAAUGCUGUGUAUGGUGUCCUGCAUCCAGGGCCGCAGCAUCAUGGAAAACUUGAAAGGCAGGAAGCAGCUACGACUAGCAGCAGCCAAGGCCUUCGUAGAAAGUGCCAGGUUUGGGGGCCUGGCAAACAGCAAUUCCCUGGUGAUGAUGGCUGCCCGGCACUACUGGAACACAUGGCUCCCACUUCUGUCCUCACCGGCCAAUAGGAAGAAGGCCAAGGCAUCCCUCCAGAGAAUCAUCGGCAUCAUCAACAAGACGGAGAACAAGAAGCAGGAGACAGAGAAAACACUGCCUCUGCACCAGUGGCCGACAGCUGACUUCCAGACUGGAGGGACAGCACCCGAAAUCCAGUUCCUCCCAGGGGCUGAGGAUGACCUCACACUCCGUGCUGCACUCUAUACUCUGCUCUUCAACAGCCAUGCUGACCGGAACGACUGGGAGAUGGGUCUUAAGGUGCUAGAUGAGGCUGUGCAAGUACUGCCGCGGACAGCCCACCGCCUCUUGAUUUUCAAACAUAUGGUGAUUGUGAAGGCCAAACUUGGGCAGAACUUCACCAUGGAAAUUCAGAAGUUUAAGGAUGAGAAGGAAGGCUAUUUGGCAAGCAUGUGGUACCGCCUGGCCCAGAACUCGAGAAACAUCUGUGGAGAGUUGACCUGCUAUCAAAAUGCUAUCCAGGCACUGCAGAAGCCAGAGAACAACUGGCAAAAGGUAGACUACAUCGUGGGGUUCUGUGAGUGGAUGUAUUAUAAGCAGUUCCCUCUGGACGAUGUGUUUGACCACCUGGAUUGGGCAAUCGAGAUUCUGCUAUCCAUGAAACCCACUGAAGACUCCCUCGAGCCAGAGCCCAAGAAGGAAGGGCAGACCUCCCCUGCCCAGUCUCCCACAGAGAGUACAAUGCCUUCAAAUCUGGAGACAGUCUCCUUGGACCAGUUUCGAAGUGUGAGGCAGUUGGAGUCCCUGGCCCGCGUGCACAUCCUGAGAGCCUUGAUGGCAUCCCCAAGCUCCUCUUCCUACGAAGAUGACUGCUUGAUGGCCUAUGGCUUCUUCAAGCACAUUUUGCAGAUUUCCUUGACAGAAGGAGUAAAACUAAUUCCAGAAAAGAAUAUACAGGUAGCUAGUUCACAAUUGUUAUUGACCAAAAAGGAGAAGGAGAAGGAAAAAGAGAAGGCAAAAGAAAUGAAGCAGGCUGGCAGCCUGUCCUCUCCGUGUUGGGCCACAGAGGCAUCCAUCUCAGGACUCCACGGUUUACUUUUCUUCCCCCUGCAGAUUUCAACCCCAGCUUCCAGCAAGCCACCUGAUGAUAUCCCCACUACCAUAGGUGAAUGGGCAUCCUACUCCUGCUCUGAGGAGCUGCUGUAUGUGUUCAAGCAAGACAAGAGCGACUGCACUAUCAACUCGUCAAGUUUCCAGAAGCCCACUUACAGUUUGUACUACAUAGACCAUUUGGCCAAAGCCUUGCAGAAUAUGUUCCUUCAUGAGCUCAGCAUCCCGAUCCUGCAGCUGGGUGUGCUCAUUGCAGAUGCUGUGGUGGAGAGCAAGAGCCUUGCAGACCUCUACCACUUGCGACUUUUACAGGUGUGCUCUGAUCUGAGGUUGCACUACGCAGCAACUCAUCAUGAAGAGGUGAUUGGACAGGCAUACUUCGGGGACAUGGAGCAGGCCAGCUGCAGAAAAGAGAUUGCAUUUAAAAAAGAGAAGAACAAGGAACCUGUGGUGGAAGACAGCGUGCCAGCCCUGCAUGAGCAGCUGACCCCGUCACACUCUGAAGAGGUGAAGCCACUGAUAGCACAAGACAAGAUUUUGAAGGUAAAUGGAGAGACCGGCAAGGGCCUGGAAGGGACAUCCUACCCCCAGCUGUGGAUGCUCAAAGGGGAGGUCCUGCUGGAGUUGGAGCUGCACCAACCAGCCCGGCUGCUCCUGUCUGAGGCCCAACAAGCUUUCCAGGAGCUAGGCUAUACCUGUGCAGAAGCACAGUGCCUGUUGCUUCUAGCAGAUCUGGCCAACAGGGAAAAGAACCAUGGGCAGGCUAUGUUCAUGGUUGAGAGGGCCCAGCAGCUAGGCGGAUCCGAGGAGUUCUGGUACAGUUCAACCCUGACUCUGGCUGAGGCAAUCUUAUCCUCCGAAGAUGAAGGAAAAGAAAUCUCAGUUUGUGGCCUGUUUCAGAAACUCAUAGAUACUUUCAGGGCCCUCCAGAACGAAAGGCCGAACAGAGUCUCCCUGCUGGAAUUCUUCAUCAUGGAGCUAGAGGCCAGGUGUGUGACACUUCAAAUCCGAUUUGCCUGCGACCUGAUUGGCAAAGAACUUAAGUCGUACCCAAUUUUGCUGAGAGAACUAGAAGAUCACCUGUUGGAAGUUGAAGAAAACUUUAUAUUUGGUGGCUACCACAAAAAUUAUGUUGACUUAAAACUGGAACAUGCAAGGAUAAAGAGGUUAAGUGCUGAAAAGGAAAAAGAUGAGGAACAAAGGACUGCCUACUAUCUGGAAAUGUACUCACUGUCCCAGAAAGCUAUAUCUGAGGAAGAAGAACUAUUUCACAGAAUCCAGGCGAUACUGUCCCUUCAAGAUUUGCAGAACAUCAACUCCCCGCUGAUGAGGAGGCUGGCCCGCCUCAAGCUCAGCCUGGCAGAAACAUGUCUGGACAUGCUGCAGAUCGUGUGCAAGGAGGCCCUGGAGCUGCAGAUGGAGCAGGGCUCCUUUGAGAAGCUACUAGCAGACUUCCUUCAGAGCACCAGUGACUUCUCAUCCAUCGGCUUGCAAUGGUUCUUCCUGAAGCGGACCCUGCCUCACUUGGUGCUAACACAGCUGGAGAGUCUGCAGCCACUAUGUGUGGGCUGCACAGACAUCCGUGCCCAGCUCCUGAUGCUGGCUGGGAAGGCUCUCCAUCUCCUGUCCGUGCAGAUAGAUCCGGUGUAUCCUUCCUUCUGCUGGGAGGAAGAACUCUUGGUAGGUACUAAACAGAACAGCCUGAAAUCGCUGGAGACGGACACAGAGGACAGGAGUGUAGACACCUCCUCCAGGAACUCAACAAUCUAUAAGGAAGCCCCCAAGGAGCAAAGCCGGAAGGCUGAGGGUCUGAAGAAGAAGGUAACGCUGGCCCAGAAGUUCCUGGCUCAGGCAUCAGAGGUGUUGCUGCAGUGUAUACAGACUUCCCUGAGCAACAACCUUCUGGACAUUGCAGCCACUGCCAGCUUAGAGAUGGUGGAAUGCAUUGGCAACCUGGACCCCAUAACCACCUGCCAUUUCCUGACACUGUCACAGAGCUGCUCAGCCUCAGAGAUGAUGCGGAAGGUUUUGCUCACGGCCACGAGCAACACCAGCAGCUCCCAGCUGGCGGCCCUGCUGCAGCUCCACCAACGCCUGAGGCAGCAAGACAAGAUGUCCACCAGCCUGUUUGCCAGUGUAGAACAGAAGCUGGCCGCCACUUCCAGGGCAUGGCAGAGCCUCUGUGUCACAGAUCAGCAUUUCAACAUCCUGAAUGAGAUCGCACCCAUGUUCCGGCUCCUCUUUCUGCAGCAUUCACAAGACAGGUCUUGUCUGUAUGGUGCUGCCUUUGAGAAACCAAAGUACAUGCCUACACCCAAGGGGAAAUCGAUAGCAGUGGGCGGUUAUUGCAAGAUAACUCGGGUGGCUACGAGUCCAACUGCCAUCUCUGACAUGUUGACCAAUAUCCGGUGGUUCCGGAAGUACAAACAGGUCCAGGAGCCAGACCAGUGCACUCACAGUCUCAGCAGCAUCCUGGAGCACACAGAAGAAUAUCUGAAGCCCAUCAUGCCCCUGUUCACCUUCCCAGAUACCAGAACUCAGAUGCCAACUGCUGUGGGGGAUGCAGGGAAAAAUAAAGGCAAAGAGAAAGAAAGGAAAGUAUCUCUCCCUUCAGGGCAGCCUGACCCUGAGUACAUAAUCCUGAUCGUGGACAAGCUCCUCCUAGAGCUUCCCCUCGAGGGACUCUCCGUGUUCAAUGAGGUCACCUCCCUGUCACGAGAUUUUUCUCUCCAGAUGCUGUGGAACCGCCUCCACAAGGAGGAGUUAGAAGGCAGUGUGAAGAAAGAGACCAAGAGCAAGGACUUAAAGAAGAAACCUCCAGGAAAGAAGGGCUUGAAGAGUACCAUGAUCCGGAUCAUCCCCCCGGAGUGCACCCUAAUCGACUCAGACACCAUCAAGUUUGUUGUGGACCCUUAUGAUGAGGCCCGGGACAAAGACAUACUGAGACCUGUCUUAGUAACCCAGGAAAUCUUGGAAAAGUACCGAGACUCAUUUGCUGCACGUUGGAUAGGGUUCCUGGGAAGCAGCCACUUUCCAAGCCAGGCUGACUGGGAGCAGGUACUGGACAGCUGCAGAGGCUUUUUCUUCUACGGGAUGGAGACCUUCCUGUCCCACCUGGAAGUAGAAAGACUGGUAGCCAUGGAUCUGCAAGAAUGCCAGAUGAUGGUCCUGCUGGACUUGACAAGGUCCUCUCAGAGCCGGAAGCGGAAGGUAGAGAAUUCAGAGGGCCAGAGUGUAUCACAGCGGUCCUUGGAGAAUCCCAUCGAGACUGCCAUCCUUCUGAGUCUGAUAGGGGUUGAGAGCAUUGUCAACAACCAGUGGCCCACACACCUGAAAGACAACUCGCUGAGAGCCACCAUCCUGUGGGAUAACCUGUUAGCAAUUGGCAAGCCACUUGGGAAAACAGUUCGUCUCGUGCAUAGGCUACAAAAUGAAACAGGUAGCCAAGAUGAGAGCCCCCAGACCUUCAAGGAUGAGCCGUUGUCUGAGUUACGACUUCACCACUUUGAGUCACUCGCCAUUUCACUCAACUGGGUUCUGUAUGGUCUGCCCCACCAAGCCAUUGUGUGA